CGCGAGGGAUCGCAGGCCAGUCUCGCGGUAACAACAACUCGGCAUGCAUUGCGUCACGAAGUGCUGCGGCCGUCCUCGUUAUCUUUAAAUCGCGCUCGCAACGGCAGAGUCUUGUUUCCGGAGUGAGCGACGAGGAAUAUGCGCCACGUUCUGCUCGUUUCCUGACUGACGUCCAGACAUCUCGAAGGAAUAAAAAUAGCAACGGCAGGAAAGUGUCGGUUCAACGCGAAACCACGGCGAAACGUCGCAUUCCUUUUGAUUGAUGUUCCAUCGAUCAACGGUGUCACUCACCGAGUGAAAUCGAGCAGAUCGUCGGAGCCGAGCAGGCGGAGGGACUUGAGCGGCAUCAGCAGGUGCCAGCAGGUGCCGACAGGAGGGUGCGAUUCGCACUGCGAGCUCCGCGCGGAAGCCCGGUUCUGCACGGUUCUCCGUCCGGAACGCGCGCAGAGGAUAAGACCGAUCUCAAGUCUCGUAUAAGAAUAACGAACGUCGCGGGCUCAAGAUGGGACGCACGGUGACAGUGGCGGUUUGCACGUUGAAUCAGUGGGCGAUGGACUUCGACGGGAACCACCGGAGAAUUCUGCAGAGCAUACAGGAGGCGAAGGAAGCCGGCGCCACUUACAGGAGCGGUCCGGAAUUGGAGAUUUGUGGAUACAGCUGCGAGGACCACUUCAACGAGUCGGACACUCUGUUGCACUGCUGGGAGGUUCUCGCGAGCCUGCUGAAGUCCAGCGCCUGCGAGGACAUGCUGAUAGACGUCGGUAUGCCGGUGAUGCACAAGAACGUCACGUACAAUUGCCGAGUGGCUUUCCUGAACCAACGGCUGCUGCUCAUCAGACCGAAGAUGCAGCUCUGCGAGGACGGCAACUACAGGGAGAGCAGAUGGUUCUCCCCUUGGAAGAAAGCACGCACGGUCGAGGAUUACUUCCUGCCGCGGAUGAUAUCGCAGAUCACCGGGCAGACCAUAGUGCCGUUCGGCGACGCGGUAAUCGCGACGAUGGACACCUGCGUGGGCUUCGAGAUUUGCGAGGAGCUCUGGCAUCCGGAGAGCAACCACAUUCCCAUGUCGUUGGACGGCGUGGAAAUCAUCGCGAAUGGAAGCGGCUCGUACUUCGAGCUGCGCAAAGCCUACGUCACGGUAGACCUCGUGAAAUCGGCCACCUUUAAGGCUGGCGGUUGCUACAUGUUCAGCAAUUUGCGUGGAUGCGACGGCAACAGGCUCUACUUCAACGGCGGCUCCAGCAUCGCCCUGAACGGGCAUAUAUUGAAUCGCGGCCGGCAGUUCGCUCUCGAGGAAGUGGAAGUGAUCGUCGCUACGUUCGAUUUGGAGGAUAUAAGAAAUUAUCGGAAUAGCAUCCGAUCGCGAUCGCACGCAGCUGCUGCGUCAGGGAAUUAUCCGCGCGUCAAGGUUGAGUUCGCGCUCACCCCGGCGAACCUUUUCUCGGCUCCACCAGAUCCAUUUCUAGACGACACGGACCUGUACGACGACGACGAGGAUGACAAUCGACCAAAAAUCGAAUAUCACUCUCCCGAGGAAGAAAUCGCAAUGGCACCAGCGUGCUGGUUAUGGGAUUAUCUCAGACGCGCGUACCAAGGUGGCUUCUUCCUACCGUUGAGUGGUGGCGUCGACUCGUCGGCUUCCGCGUGCAUAGUGUAUUCUAUGUGCCAAAUGAUCGUCGAUACGAUCAAUAGGGGAGACACGCAGGUCUUGGCGGACGUCCGGAAAAUAGUUGGCGACAGCGAGUACACUCCGGUGAACGCGAAAGAGCUGUGCAAUCACAUACUAGUUACCUGCUACAUGGGAACGGAGAACUCGUCGGCGGAGACGAAGGCGAGAGCGAGCGACUUGGCCAGUCAGCUGGGCUCCUAUCAUCAAGGUAUAGUGAUUGACAGCGCGGUGUCCGCGGUCCUGGGGAUCUUCCAGCAAGUCACAAAGCUGACGCCGAAGUUUCGGGUGCACGGCGGAUCGCCUCGCGAGAACGUCGCCUUGCAGAACGUACAGGCGCGGCUACGAAUGGUGAUCGCUUAUCUGUUCGCACAAUUGAUACUGUGGGUCAGAGGUCGGCCGGGUGGUCUUUUGGUGUUGGGCAGCAGCAACGUGGACGAGGCGCUGCGGGGAUAUCUUACCAAGUACGACUGCAGCAGCGCUGACAUCAAUCCCAUCGGUGGUAUCUCCAAGAGCGACCUCAAGAAGUUCCUCGCGUACUUCAGACAGAAACAUGGGAUAUCCGUGUUGGAUAACAUCCUGCAAGCGACACCGACCGCCGAAUUGGAGCCGCUACAGGCGGGACAGCUCACGCAGAUGGACGAGGUGGACAUGGGCAUGACGUACAGGGAACUGUCGGUGUUCGGCCGCUUAAGGAAACAACACUGCGCCGGGCCCUUCACCAUGUUCUGCAGGCUCGUACACAUGUGGGAUCAGUGCACGCCGAAGGAAGUGGCCGACAAGGUAAAGCACUUUUACCGGUGUUACGCCAUACACCGCCAUAAAAUGACGGUGCUCACACCGUCGUGCCACGCGGAAACCUACAGCCCGGACGACAACCGCUUCGACCAUCGGCCUUUCCUCUACAAUUACACAUGGAAGUGGCAGUUCGCGGCGAUCGACGAGCAGGUGAAACGACUCAGCAACGAGAAGAAACCGUACAGAGUUUCAACGCCGCGCCAUACCGGUUCGAAAAUGCUCAACAUGCCCAAAGGAUUGCGGUUCAGUUCAUUGACCAGUAAUAAAGACUAUCCCGGAAUAUUAGUUUAACCGUAGCCCCGUGUACUCUCUUAUCAUUUUGACAUUGCAGCGCCGCGACCGAUCGACUGACCGGUUGUCGUCAUCGAAUUCAAUUUGUCCACGAUGUUAACGUGUCCAGGGGAACGUGUUGCU